GGAGCAGUGUCACGAUGGUCAUGUUACGGAUUAUAUUGCUUUUACUUCAUCAAGGAUACGCUCUAGUUCCAGUGAAAACGGUUCAGCUUGGUGAACCAGCGAACAUAACAUGUGCUUUGCCCAGUGGGGUCAGCAUUGGAGGAGUCCACUGGUACAAGCAGAGUGUCGGAGAUACUCUCAAAUUAAUAGUGACACUGUUAAAAACUGCAACACCUCAGUAUGGUCAAGAAACAUUUAAAUCAAGAUUUCAAGCAAAUUAUGAUAAGAAAUUUAGCAACCUGACCAUUUUGAAAGCAGUCCAAGACGAUGAGGGAAUCUAUCACUGUGGAAUGAUAGAGUGGAUUAAUCCUGAAUGGACGGGAACAUAUUUGUUAGUAAAAGGAAAUAAUGAGACAGCAUCAGAUUAUACUGUUGUUCAAUGGCCAACAGUGUUGAAUCCACUGCGCUCAGGAAAUUCAAUGACUCUCCAGUGUUCAGUCUAUUCUGACUCUGACAAGAUGUGUCCCAGAGAUUAUAAUGUGUUCUGGUUCAGAGCUGGAUCAGAUCCAUUACACCCAAGCAUCAUCUACACUGAUGGAAACAGACACAGUGAAAGUGAGAUAAUGUCAGACUCAGAGGAGAGGUGUCUUUAUCGCUUCUCUAAGAACGUCAGCUCCUCUGAUGCUGGGACUUACUACUGUGCUGUGGCCACAUGUGGGGAGAUAUUAUUUGGAAAUGGAACUAAACUGGACAUUGAAGAGCAUAAAUCAGGUUCUGACCUUACUGUGCUGCUUAUGGCAAUAAUAUUCUUGGUUAUUUCUGUGACUCUCAUUAUUGUUUGUUGUCGAGCUCCAAGAGGAAUAUGUGAACAAUGCAAAGAUGCAGUUGCUUUGCAAACAAAUGUGACAGCAAAAGGAGAUCAGGAAAUUCUGCAGACAGAUGGAGACUCAUUGGUUUAUUCUGUAGCAAUUUUCUCUUGUGGAAAAAUUAGAUACAGGAACAAAGAGUAG